AUGUGGAACCCAAUUACAAGGGAAUUGUUGACGCUUCAAAAACCUGGAAUUGAUGAUAACAAAGAGGUGGCCACCGGAUGUGGAUUCGGAUUUGAUGCAAUUCAUAACGAAUAUAAAGUUAUUCAGUUGUACGAACGGUUAGAUGAUUCUACGUUGGGCUAUGAGGUUUUAACCUUGGGUACAGACAUGUCAUGGAGACGACCAAUCCAUCAAAAAGAUGUCCUUCUUCUUCCCAAAUUCAAGGAAUUUGAGUCCGGUGAAGGAGCAAUAUUUGUAGAGGGAUCACUGUACUGGCAUGCUACCGACCAGAUUUUGUGUUUUGAUGUUUCGAGACAAAGGUUUAAGUUGAUUCAGAUACCUGACAUGACGCAUCUAAAGUUGGGAUCGGGUCAGGAGCACUUGGUAGGAAUUGAUAGCAGUCUUUAUUAUAUGAAGCAUGAUAUAACUUAUAAAAGGCUGCAUAUGUGGAAGAUCCAGAGCAACUGCGCUGACAAGAAAAAUAUAUGGGAUAACGUUUACAGCAUUAAUGUAAGUCGUAUUAGUGUUCCAGAUACUCACAUCGCUCCGAUAUGCAUUCGAAAUAAGAAGAUUUAUCUGAGAUACAGGAAGGGAUUGGCUUGUUACGAUACAGAAAGCAGAGAAUUUCUGAAACCAGUUUUCAGAAAAGGAGAUGAUUAUUUUGAGUUUAUUGCCUACAGAAAGAGCAUUCUUUGUCUGAAAGAUAUAGUUGGCUCAUCGUUUGUUAUGUCUCUUGAGCCAAGCUGUUAA